AUGAACUGGACAACCCUUGGGGAGCAAGGGUUCUUAUCCGGCCUAUGGUCCCCUUAUAUAAGAUCGUAUUCCCCUUUUAGGUUAAACAUCGUCAGUUUAUUACCCUUACAAUGCAUCAGUUGUGUACCCUUUAUCUUCCUUCCCUCAUUACAAAUUUCAUCCCUACCAAUGAUCAUGGCUUCAGCAGGUAGCUUUUCAUAUGGAGGAUUCCACACGUCGGACAUAGACAUACCCACUGAUAAUGAGCCGUUAGCUAUGGAGAUGCAGGUCGACACGGAAAACCUAAGAAAUGACUUCGCAAUGGAGCUCGCCGAAGUUAAGGAGUAG